GGUGCUUGUAAACCUGGCUAAUAUGUUCUCAUAAUGUCCUGGCAUGCAUAAAGAGGCAAGGACCCCCGUGAACGGAUCAGUAGCACGAGCCAGUGUAUCUUGUUAGCAUCAUGGAGCUCUCACCACGCCGAAUGUUGAGCGUUGUGCUCUCGGCCUGCCUGUUCGCUCCCACAACUGCCGUUGAAAGCUUCCGAAAGCCUACUGUCGAGUUCACUGCUGGCAAUGGGAGUCACAUUCUGGCCACUGGCUCAUCGCCCGCCAACAUCCAUGUUGAUGCUGGAGAUUGGCCUGGUGUCCUGCGAGCGGCGCACGAUCUCGCCAUCGAUUUUGGACGGGUAACGAAAACAAACGGCACCUUGACAGCCACCGGGACAGCCACGGCCAAUGCGUCUACGAUCUUCAAUGUUACAGGUAUUAGUAGUGACUGGAGCACCGGAACGAGGGGAAACCGCACUGGUAGAACCGCCAUCAUCAUUGGCACGAUUGGCAACUCGAGCUUGAUUGACGGGCUGGUAGCCAGUGGGAAACUCGAUGUCAGUGAGAUCGAAGGGCAAUGGGAAGCGUACGUCAGUGCUCUCGUGCAGAACCCACUGGAGGGAACUGAUCAAGCGCUCGUCAUCGCCGGUAGCGAUCGUCGAGGUGCAAUCUACGGUAUCUACGAUGUGUCUGAGCAGAUCGGUGUUUCUCCGUGGCACUGGUUCGCUGACGUGCCUGCGAAGAGCCACGCCGAGGUAUACGCGCUUGAUACAAUCAAAGUUCAGAAGACUCCCUCCGUCAAGUAUCGCGGUUUCUUCAUUAACGAUGAAGCGCCAGCAUUGACUGGAUGGGCUAACAUCAAGUACCCCAAGUAUGGAAACAACAGCCCUUUCGGAGCCAACUUUUACGCUCACGUUUUCGAGUUGUUACUCAGGUCAAGGGCCAAUUACCUAUGGCCAGCUAUGUGGAACGGGAUGUUCAACGUAGAUGACCCACGUAAUCAGCCGCUCGCAGAUGAAUACGCAAUUGUCAUGGGUACAUCGCAUACUGAGCCCAUGGUACGUGCCACCGCUGAGUGGAGCAAGGUUGCUAAAGGCAGCGAGUCUGGCUGGCAGUGGGCGACCAACAAUGCUACGCUGUACGACUACUUCUACGAAGGUGCUGAGCGAGCUGCGCCUUACGAAAAUGUUGUCACGGUUGGAAUGAGAGGCUACCACGACACAGCUAUGUCUUCUGAUGUACAAACCAGCGUACUUGAAGCCGUUGUGGACGCGCAACAAGACAUACUUAACAAAAUUCACGGCAAUGCCUCGGAUGUGCCGCAAAUGUGGUGUCUCUACAAGGAGGUUCAAGACUACUUUGAGGCUGGCAUGAAGGUUCCUGAUUACGUCACACUCCUGUGGACCGAAGACAACUUUCAGAACAUCAGGAGACUGCCUGUGGGUGAUGAGAAGAAGCGAUCCGGUGGUGCCGGUGUUUAUUACCACUUCGACUACGUUGGGGACUCGCGUAAUUACAAGUGGAUCGACACAAUUCAACUGCAAAAAACAUACGAGCAGAUGCGAUUGGCCAAAGAUCGCGACGCGGACAGGAUCUGGAUUGUGAAUGUUGGUGAUAUCAAGCCGAGCGAAGUGGCCAUCAGCCACUGGUUUGAUAUUGCCUACGACAUUGACGCAUACGAUGAGAAUUCGGUCCCUCAGUGGACCGCAGAUUUUGCUGCCCGCAAUUUCGGUGAAGAGCAUGCCCAGGCCAUUUCGGACAUCUUAGACGAGUAUGGCUUCCUUGCAAACAUGCGCAAGUUCGAGUGGGUCGAGCCCUCCUCGUACAGUAUCCACAACUACGAGGAGGCUGAUCGUAUCCUUGCGCAGUGGGAGGAGAUUGGUAAGAAGGCUCAAGAUAUCCACGAUGCUCUUCCUGCAGAGCAACAGCCUGCCUAUUAUGAGUUGGUUCUUCACCGUGUCCUUGCUGGAGGGAACUUUGUAGAUGUCCAAGUUGCAGGAGCCAGGAACAUUGUGUACAGCGGCAUGGGAAGGAACAGCGCCAACAAGUGGAUGCAGCGCACUAUUGAUGGCAUGAAGAAGGACCACAACCUUACAAAACGCUACCACGAGCUAUACAACGGCAAAUGGAACCACAUGAUGGAUCAGACGCAUCUCGGGUACCAAGGGUACUGGCAGCAGCCCAUGCGCCAAUCUACACCGUACCUACGCUGGGUUCAGACUUGGGAAAGGAGUCUUGCCGGUGACCUCGGUGUUGCCGUCGAAGGCAGCAAUGCUACUAUUCCUGGUGACGAUUCGUGGCACACAAACGGAGGCGGUUCUCUAAACCUCCCUGAUAUUACACCUUUCACCCCCAAGCGCUGGCUGGAGAUUGCUUCGGUCGGAACACAGACCUUCAACUGGAACAUCUCUGCCGAUCCCUUCAUCAAGCUCUCUCAAGCAUCCGGUACCAUGCAACCGGAUGGUGAAGAUGUUCGCGUCUACGUCGAGGUUGACUUUUCUAAGGUGCCCGAUAAUUUCGGCAAGAAAAGCACCUUGAACAUCUCUUCGAGCACAGACUAUGGCACACAAUUCGGCGCGCCGCAAGUCAUCGUGCAGGUGAACAAGACGAGCAUUCCUUCCAACUUCAGCGAGGGGUUCGUCGAGUCCGCUGGUCAACUGGCCUUCGAAGCAGAGCACUACAACCGCCUGACAGACCAGGGAAACCUGUCUUUAAUCACCCUACCCAAGUACGGUCGCACGCUUUCUGCCAUCAAGCUCAACGAUCCACUAGCCGAAGGUCUUACCUCCGCAACCGCGCCGACGAUCGAGUACGACUUUUUGACAUUCACACCCACAACCGCAGCCAAGGGCCUCAACGUGACCUUGAUUCUGUCUCCCAGUCUCAACAUUGAUCCCAAAAAGCCCCUCGCUUAUAUCACGCAAAUCGACGAUAAGCCCGAACAGCGUCGCCAGUAUGUCAUCGAUCAACCACAGCCGAACUUCCCUGUUGGCUGGGGCACAGCAGUCGCGCGCAAUGCGUGGUACAAUACCACAAACUUUGGAGAAGUGGCGCCGGGAAAGCACACGCUGAAGGUCUGGCUUGUGGAGGCGAACGUUAUACUGCAAAAAGUAAUAUUGGAUUUGGGAGGCGUCGUGUACAGUCACAACGGCCCGCCAGAGAGCUACAAAGUGGGUGGUGGAAACUCAACAACGGGUUAUUAGGACCUUGAGCAGAAUUGUAGAUGACGAUAAUGAAGAGCUCCCUGCAUGCUGUCCAUUCGUGUGUCCCGUAGCAGAGACCGCAAGUCUCCGAAUCACGUGCAGUCUGCUACUCAUCUCCACGAAUCAACGAAAUGUACAAGGCCGCGCCUCAAGAUCGACUCAACAAUGGCGAUCCAGUGGCAAACAACGUGACUGUUGAACUUAGGGUUACCACGAGUAGUUCUCUCUAUGUCUGCUUUAGGAUAGUGU